UCCGGUUCAUCGGUCCGCUGCGGCGGCCGCGGCGGCUCCUGGACCAGAUGGUGCUUACAGGGUGCGCCGAGCUCCGGGGAGCGGCGGUGAGACCCAGGCCGCAGAGGACUCGGUUUUCCGGGCCCGCUGUUUGGAAGAGACCUCUCACCCUCCCUGUGACCCGAGCUGUUGGUCCCGCCGGGACUCCAGCCCGCCCCUUUGCAGCGUAAACACCCGGUCGAGCCGCGCCCACCGCAGGUCCGGCCUGAGCGGCCGCUGCCCGCCCGACCGUCUCGUAGCCGCGGCCCCCGCGCCCUGGGGCGGCCCAGGCCCGGCCUAGGCCCGCAGGCGGUGGACCCCCUGGAACCCGCGCCGUGUUGCCUGCGUGGAAAGGAAACCGAGAGCCACCCGCGACAGACUGUCUUCCUGCCGGGCCCGCUGCGAAGUCCCUACAAACCGGGUCGCGGUCCCCCGGCCUCCACCCGCGGGGGAGCCUGUGCACUUGUCCCGUGCCCGGGACUGUCAGAGGGACGUUUACAGAUGACAUUUAAGUUCUUUUGCUACUAAGCCUUCAGCAAUUAUGGCAAUACCCUGGAAGAAAGCCCUUCUGAUACUUCUGACAUCCCAAGCACUGUCCUUAGUGAAUAGCAUUGAGGAGGAGGAAGUACCCGAGGAAUGGAUUCUACUGCAUGUGGUUCAGGGUCAGAUUGGAGCUGGAAAUUAUAGCUAUUUGAGACUAAACCAUGAAGGGAAAAUCGUUCUUCAAAUGAAAAGUUUAAAAGGUGAUGCAGAUUUGUAUGUAUCUGAUACCACUCUUCACCCAAGUUUUGAUGAGUAUGAAUUACAGUCUGUAACUUGUGGCCAGGAUGUUGUUUUCGUGCCCGGACACUUCCAGCGCCCCGUGGGAAUAGGUAUCUAUGGACAUCCGUCUCACCUUGAGAGUGAAUUUGAAAUGAAAGUAUAUUAUGAUAGAACGGUUGUAGAAUAUCCACUUGGUGAAGCAACUUAUGCCACAGAUGGUAAAGCUACAAGCCAAAAGCAGCCUUAUACACCAGAGGAUCCGUCUCAAGAUGAAGAAUCCAUUGUUUGGACAAUAAUAAUUGGCAUUUUGAAACUAAUACUUGAGGUUCUUUUUUAAUAUCAUUGGACAGACAUACACUGGAAUACAGUACUCUUAACCUGUGAAGUGGAUUGUGGUUUGCUGUGAACAUUGCUACUUUUUAUAUGUUUCAGGAAAUAGGGUUCAGGGUACCUUUUCUAUGGUGGGUGGGUGGGGAAAAAAAGCCAUAUUUAGUUUUGUAUUGUAAUUCCCCUCAAAGUAAGAGCAGCAAGCACAAGAUUUGUAGUUUUCUUUAAAGAAAGAAGAGUUCAUAUAAAUGGAGAAUGUACAAUAAAAAAUGCUUAGACUUCAUUUAACAGUUUGUCAGGUGAUUCAUUAAGUACAGCAGCGGUCUUAUGUAAAACUUCAUUUGGAUGAGUAUAAAUUUUAUUAAAAAAUUAUUAAAAUUUAACUUUCUAAAAUGUUUACACUACUUAAAGCAAACUACUUACAGACCAUUAUAAUGCAUAAGUUAAGAUGAUCAGUUUUUAAAUGGAGAGUAGUCAUGUAUCUGAAAUAAAUCCCAUUUUACCCAAGAAAUAAUAGUACCACAUAUUUUGCUGUAGUCUCCAGAAGCUUUACAGAGAAGAGGCAUUAGCAACAUUAACUUAGUGAAGCUAGAAAUACCUUUGAGCCCAGCAUAUGCUUCCAGACUUUCUCAGGAACCAUAAAGUUAUCAAUUUAGCUGUGGUAAUUGUUGUCACCUAGGGUUAUUCUGUACAGUAACUGAAAUAGUGCUGAGACUUAAUGGAAUCACAAUUUUAAAACUGGAAGAGGCCUGAGAAAGUUUUCUAGUUCAGAGAAGCUAAAGGAUUUCUUGGGAAUGAAGAUCACAAAGCUAGUUAAUAUCAGGCCACUCCUACAGAGCCCCAAGUCUCCAUCCAGUUCAGCUGUGUUAAUUAAAAUUAAUUACAUUUAUUAUAUGCUUUAAAAGUUGAUCACUGAAAUAUAUUUAGUCUAAAAAUUGCAAUUUCCCUCAUUUUAUCCUGUUUUAUUUGUCACCUAUGGCACCAAACUACUUUUUUAACUUAGUCACAAAAUCAUAGUUGUUAAAACUAUCAAAUUGUACAUUUGUAACCAAAUUCAAGCAGUAGUGCAUAGUUGAAUAUUUAAAAUAGCAGGCAGAAAAAAAUCAAGGAAACUGUAAGUUUUAGGCUUCUUAAUGUGACCAAUUUCUAAAAAUUAAGUUUCCAACAUUCCUUUCAUUGAAUUUUCAGAAAGGUGAUUUUUAUAUGUUAUAUAGGAUAAUUUGUAGAUUAAGUUAAAAUUAACCUUAUAGAGAAGUUAGCUAUCACUUUCUAGAAAUAAAUCAACUUGUAGAACUUAAGUACAUAGUUAAAAAUUGAAAAAUGUUUUAUUGACAACAAUAUAAGGAAGUGUGUUUCACAAAGUGGUAAAUUAAUUGGCACCAAAAUUUUCACAAUGUGAGUAACAGUAUCAGGGUAAAAUUGUAAUUUUAUCCCUCCUUGCUGUUUUUUCCCCUUCUUCCCCCUCUCCUGGGUGUUGGGGGAGCUCUUUGACAACAAUCACAAAUCCAGCGACCUAGGAGAAAGAUUGUUGAUUAAUAUACAAAGAAUUUUAUUUGUAACAACAUCUAAUUAAUACAUCUUUAAAAUUCUUUCUCUUAUAUCAAGUCACUAAUGAUAGUCCUUGACCAGGGAGAAAAUGUCAAUUAAGCAGAAAAAUAUGACGUUGCCUUAAAGAAAAAAACAAUUUUCAACAUAAGAGUUUCUAUACAAUAGAAUUCAGUAAAACAAAUUAUGCAAACAGAUUGAAUUACUGAUGCUACCUUUAGUGCUACAUUGUUGCAUGGACCCAAAGGAAUGUUUUAAGCACUUUCAGAAAUUAUCACUUUUAUAAAGCUCAGUAAAUAAAAAUAAGGCUUUUGAUUGAA